AUGGCACAAGUUAAGAUGCAGACUACAGCAAACCUGUCCGGACCCACCAUGUCUCCUAUGGUGCUACCCCUACCAGUUGCCACUACAAAUACACUGGGUCUGCCAUCCGCAAUGAAUGGAUCCAUUUCAGAAUCAGCUGCCAGCUGUAGCAGUCCUACUGCUGGCCUUGUGGAUCCUGCUCCUUCUAGCAACUCACCAGCUCCUCUCCAAGAUAACAUGGCAAACCCCAAAGAGAAAACUCCAAUGUGUCUGGUAAAUGAGUUAGCCCGUUUCAAUAGAAUUCAACCCCAGUAUAAGCUUCUGAAUGAAAGAGGGCCUGCUCAUUCCAAGAUGUUCACAGUGCAGCUGACUCUCGGAGAACAGACAUGGGAAGCUGAAGGAAGCAGUAUUAAAAAGGCCCAACAUGCUGCUGCUAGCAAAGCACUGAAUGAAACUACCCUUCCCAAACCAACACCUAGACCACCCAAAAAUAAUGUUAACAAUAAUCCAGGCAGUAUAACUCCAACCGUGGAGCUGAAUGGUCUGGCUAUGAAAAGAGGAGAGCCUGCCAUCUACAGGCCAUUAGAUCCAAAGCCAAUUCCCAACUAUAGAGCAAAUUACAAUUUCCGGGGCAUGUACAAUCAGAGGUAUCACUGCCCAGUGCCUAAAAUUUUCUAUGUCCAGUUAACUGUUGGCAACAGUGAGUUUUUUGGUGAAGGAAAGACUCGUCAAGCUGCUAGACAUAAUGCUGCAAUGAAGGCCCUUCAAGCUCUCCAGAAUGAGCCUAUUCCAGAAAAAUUACCUCAGAAUGGAGAAACAGGAAAAGAAUCAGAAGAAGAUAAAGAUGCAAACAAGUCUGAGAUCAGUGUAGUGUUUGAAAUUGCUUUGAAGCGCAAUAUACCCGUCAGUUUUGAGGUGAUUAAAGAAAGUGGACCUCCUCAUAUGAAGAGUUUUGUUACACGAGUUACAGUAGGUGAAUUCACUGCAGAAGGAGAAGGCAACAGUAAGAAACUCUCAAAGAAACGUGCCGCAAUAGCUGUCCUACAAGAACUUAAGAAACUUCCUCCGCUUCCUGUGAUUGAAAAGCCAAAACUUUACUUUAAAAAGCGUCCAAAAACAAUAUUGAAGACUGGACCAGAAUAUGGUCAAGGAAUGAAUCCUAUCAGUCGUCUGGCUCAGAUCCAACAGGCCAAAAAGGAGAAGGAGCCAGAGUAUGUUCUUCUUUCAGAGAGAGGAAUGCCUCGCCGUCGAGAAUUUGUUAUGCAGGUGAAAGUAGGCAAUGAUAUUACUACUGGAACAGGCCCAAACAAGAAAAUAGCUAAAAGAAAUGCAGCAGAAGCAAUGUUGCUACAGCUGGGUUACAAAGCCUCUACUCCUCUUCAAGACCAACCAGAGAAGCUUGGAGAAAACAAGAGUUGGAACAGCCAGAAUGUUGGGUUUCCUGAGCCGACAAGUAACACACCAAAGGGAAUACUCCAUCUCUCUCCUGAUGUUUAUCAAGAGAUGGAAGCAAGCCGCAACAAAUCAGCCCCUGGUACUACUGUAAGCUAUUUGUCAUCCAAAGAAAUGAGCCAGACUUCUAGCUCUUUCUUCAGCAUAUCUCCUACAACAAAUAGCACAGCUACGAUUGCCAGGGAACUUCUCAUGAAUGGAACAUCCCCAACUGCCGAAGCCAUAGGUCUAAAAGGAAUAUCUCCUGCCUCCCCAUGUUCUGCAGUGCAGCCUUCAAAACAGCUGGAGUAUUUGGCAAGGAUUCAAGGCUUUCAGGUACACUACAGUGAUAGACAAAAUGGCAAAGAGUGUAUGACCUGUUUGACACUGUCUCCUGUGCAGAUGACUUUCCAAGGUAUCGGAAGCUCCAUUGAAGCCAGCCAUGACCAGGUCUAACACAACAUGACCAGCCCUGGUGGGCUACUCUAAGCUCUUCUGUAAACUUGGACUGCACCGUUCCCACAGCAAACUCCAGUCAUCUGCUGUGUCUACAUAACUUAUGCACUCGUCUGUAUGUAGUUUGGGUGAUGUUUUUGGUGCUGAAGCACUUUUCUCAGUCUGUUGUAGGCAAACUUGUGUCUAUUCUGGGCAGAAGUAGCAUUACUUCAGGAACAAAGGAAUAGUUUUGUCAAGUAAUGGGAAGAGUGUCAAAGUAGUCAUGCAUGCACACUCAGUGCAGAUUGUGGCAAGUUCCUGUCCAAUUUAAAGUUCAGUUCUAAAGUUGCUCUCUAAGCUAUGGUACCUGUAAUAUGGAUCAGUACAUUGAAGCUUUAGAUCUCUGCUGAACAUGAGGAAGUUGUGGAGCUAUGUUUAGGAGCACUAAGAUUAAAUUCAGUUCCUAGAUAUUCAUGGUGCAACAACAUCCUGCUUUCUUCAUUGGAUGUUUUUUUAAAUACCCUAUCAAGAAAGAGAUGAAAACUUAUCCUAGCUUGAUCAUGGAAAUUCCUUCACUUUCCUUUUUUACAUGAUGACUAUUGAUAUCCUGUGUCAGACAUCUCCAGGGAAAAGAAGUGCUUAUAUUCUUUCCUAUAACUCAUUUAACAUAGAAUCUGAGUCCUUCUCUUGUCUGUCAAACUCAUUUCAUAUAUAGUUUUUUGUAGUCUCACUGAGUUCCUCAGAUCAUCGUGUCAGAACAUCCCACUGUUUGAGACAGGAAGGAGUCAUCAGCCAGCCUUCUCUUCAAAGCAUUUAAUGCGCAAUAUCCUCACUUGAUGGGAGUUUUUGCAUCCCCAGAAGCUCCAUAUGUACUUGUGUCCUUCAUUUCAUAGCCCUUACAGAUGGUCUGUGUCCCAGUACUAAUGCUUAAUUCCAGUAAGAUCCUUCACAUAUGCUGAAUGUAAGUCUGCUUCCAAGUAAUUCACUGUCUCAAGGAUCCAGGACUUGAGAUAAUAAACACUAAAAUGGAGGUAUCAAGCAAAACCAAAACAGUGAACUCUUAAGUUAAACUUUAAAUUUUGUAAGUAUUUCUUCAUAUUCAUUCUUUCUCUUUCCCAUCAUUAGGGAGACUGUGAGACCUAGUUUUCCACAGAUCCUUACGGCUGUACAAAUAAUUGAUUUUACAGUCCAAAAUCUCCUCUCUCAUUCUGCAUCCCCUCAAAAAAACAAUUCAGACUGGCCCAAAAUAAAGAAAAAAGUGUGUCUAGCCAAAAAAAAUAA